AAUUCCUCACCAAAAAAUCACCACACUAGGAAGUAAAAUAUCAACCAAAACACAAAAGUAUAGUAGUACUAGUCAUCAUGAACAUGAUCAUUCCCAUUUUCUCUCUCUUCUCCCUCCUUUUCUCCUCAUCUCAUGGAGCCAUCCAAGACUUCUGUGUCGCGGACUACUCGGCUCCCCAAGGCCCUGCAGGCUACUCCUGCAAGAACCCCGCGAAAGUCACCGUCGACAGCUUUGUCUACUCGGGACUAGGCAUCACCGGCAACACCACAAACCUCAUCAAAGCAGCGGUAACCACGGCAUUUGACAACCAAUUCCCCGGCGUCAACGGCCUAGGAAUCUCCCUUGCUCGGGCGGACUUAGCCCCUGGUGGGGUCAUCCCUUUCCACACUCACCACGGAGCCUCAGAGAUCAUAAUUGUCAUUGAAGGGUCGCUCUGCGCAGCGUUCGUCUCCUCGGACAACAAGGUCUACCUCAAGAGCCUUAAGAAGGGCGACAUAAUGAUUUUCCCUCAAGGCCUUUUGCACUUCCAACUAAAUGCAGGGAAGAGUAAUGCUUUGUUCUUUGUUGCGUUUAAUAGCCCUAACCCGGGUCUCCAACUUUUGGACUACGCAUUGUUUGGAAACGAUUUGGCCACGGAGUUGGUGGCUGCCGCUUCUUUCCUCGACCCCGCUGAGAUCAAGAGGCUCAAGGCUGUUCUUGGUGGUAGUGGUUAAAUAUUCCAUUCUUUAUAAAGAUUCAGAUUACCUGUCUAAUUUUUGGUGUCACAAAUAAUAUCUAACUGAUCAUAUUACACUACACGUGGUAUAAUGUGGUUGGUCACACAUCAUUUUGAACACCAAGACAUAGUGAUCUAAGUCUUCUAUAGAGAUAUUGUUGUUUAUUUUGUUUGUUUCUUGUGUGAUGGUUGAGAAGGCUUGUAAGUGUAGGAUUCUUGAUGUCGGUGCUUUGUAAUAACAGAGUCCCUGAUGAUUAGGUUUGUUUCUCUUUGUAUGCUUUACUAGUUAACAAACUAAAUGGCGUACAUGAGAAGUCAGUUAAUUUCUUCUUUUUUAGGCUGUGGUCUCUUUUGUUGCUACUUGUUUCCUUGUCUUCAUGUGUUUUUGCUUCAUGCUUCGGUUUCAAGUGAUGUAUUUCGUAACGCCAAAAACAUAAACAAAAUUUGAGGAAAAAUAUAUUUGGCUUUUCA